AGACAAGGGCAGUCGGGCAGUAUAUAACCGAGUUGAGCUAAAUCGAUCACUUCCUGGAUCUUCUUUUCAAGCCGUUCAUCUUCUCAUUUCUCGCGAUCAAUUUAAGUACACCGCUACCAUGCAGCUGUCUAUUAUCACCGUUCUCGCCCUCCAGGCCAUCGGCGCUGUCGCCGCUCCCGUUGCCACCCCGGCCGCCGACUACGCUGACCUUGCUAAGGACUCAAUCUACAUCAAGUCCGUCAGCACGUACAAGCGUGGCGAAGAAGAAAAGCGCGAAGCUGGCUAUGCUGAUGCAGAAAAGGCCAACAUUAUCAUCAAAUCGGCCGGAACAUACAAGAGAGAUGAGGAGAAGCGCGAGGCUGGUUAUGAGCAGCUUGCAAAGGACUCCAUUCAGAUCAAGGCCGUCAACACGUACAAGCGGGAUGAGGAGAAGCGUGAGCCCAGCUACGCGGAUGCUGACAAGGCCAACAUCAUCAUCAAGUCUGCUGGAACAUACAAGAGAGAUGGAGAGAAGCGUGAGGCCGAUUACGAGCAGCUGGCCAAGGACUCUAUCAAGAUCAAGGCCGUCAACACAUACUAAGGUAGCGUGUCGAGGGGUAAGCGAAGUUGGCAAAGGAUACUAUGGUCAUCGACAUAGCACCGUGUGGAUGGUAGAUGCAGGUGCUUGGUAUGCGAUGGAAUACUGGACAUGCUCUAUGGCUAGUGGGCUAAAAUUGACAUUAUGACUUUCUUUAACGCACAACUUCGAUGUCAAUCACUCACAUCGUUAUCCUUAAAACUAGUACCUGUACUCAGGUUUACUUCAUUCUCCUCACCAUCUUCGUGUGAGUAAAUAGACUAGGAAUGAUGCGUCGUCGAAAUUGAGUUAC